GCAAGGGGGCGACAGCGGCCGCCGGCAGGGAACCGAACCGAACCGAACCGGGCCGCGAUGAAGAAGCCGGACGGGAAGGUGGUGCUGCUGGGGGACAUGAACGUGGGCAAGACCUCCCUGCUGCACCGCUACAUGGAGCGGCGCUUCCAGGAGACGGUCAGCACCGUCGGCGGCGCCUUCUACCUGAAGCAGUGGGGGCCGUACAACAUCUCCAUCUGGGACACCGCAGGACGGGAGCAGUUCCACGGCCUCGGGUCCAUGUACUGCAGAGGAGCGGCUGCUGUGAUCCUCACGUACGACGUGAACAGCCUCCAGAGCCUGACGGAGCUGGAAGAAAGAUUCUUGGCUCUGACAGACAGUGCAAGUGCUGACUGCAUUUUUGCUAUUGUUGGAAAUAAAGUUGACCUCAGUGAUGACUGUACUUCAGCACCGGAUGAAAACAGACCCGGGAAGUCUGGUGCCAGCUGUGGCUCCAAGGUGCGGAAACAAGUCCGUGCAGAGGACGCGAUCGCGCUCUAUAAAAAGAUACUGAAAUACAAAAUGCUAGAUGAGAAGGAUGUUCCAGCAGCUGAGAAAAUGUGUUUUGAGACCAGUGCAAAGACAGGAUACAAGGUGGACUACCUGUUUGAAACUGUGUUUGACAUGGUAGUCCCAAUAAUCGUACGGCAGAAAGCUGAGGGGCCGCCGCAAACCGUAGACAUCACGGACUACAAGCCAGCCAAAAGGACAAAAUCAGGUUGUUGUGCCUGAACCAUCUAUGUGACAUGGAAAAGGGGAGGGAUUUUUCACUCCAGCAGAAUGAGGAAUAUGAACUGCUUGCAGUUGACCAGAAAGGAAAAGUCAAAGAAUAAGUAGAUUAAAAUGGUGUGUUAAAAAAAAGAAAAAGAAAAGAAACAAUAAAUAUUCUGACCAUUAAAGGCUUCUGGGAAGCUCUGUGUAUAAGAAAAUGGGAAUGCAGGUGAAAUUAUGGAGUAAGACUUGCCAGUUUCCAUGGGUUCUGAAGACAAGUGAUGUGUUAUUAGAAUGGGUAGUGACAAUCAUUUGGACAGAUUUGAAAGAUUCUGAUUUUUAGUGACUUGCUAUUUCAUGUUGCAUGUAAAUGAUCUGUUUGUGUACUCUUGAAAACUUUCAUAUGAUGAUCUUCUUUUCCCUUACAAUUAUAACUUUGGAAGACUGAAGAGACAGUACUUUUUUAUUCUUAAGGAAAAAAAAGAAAAUCCAGGUAUAUUUAUAUUUGUAGCUAAUAAAUCAAUUGCAGUCUUUUUAUGUCAGACUUGAUAGCAUAUGAUUCAGAAGCUGAACUAUUAAAAUCACUGUGGAUAUGUACUGUUCAUUUGGAGACUUUAUUAAUGAGAAUUCUUCUUCCAUAGUGAGCUUUCAUGUGUUAACAAGCAGUAUCCCAGCUCUUGCUGUUCUAAUUGCAAGUUGCAGGAGGAAGUUUUUUCUUUCUUUCCAUUUUCCCCUUGUAAUUCUUUUUAAUAUAGGUGGGUUUUGGGGAAGAAAUCAAUCUUAUUUUGUCUGUGUUUUUGUUAAAACUUCCUUUUGGUGCCCUUUAGGGGUCUCAUUGUGUUCAGCAUCUGUGUCUGUCUCCUUUCCCACUCCUUAGUUGUUCUCAGGCAGAACUGCAGCUUUGAUUUUUAUCAGCUAUGCAUGACAUUACUACCUGGAGUAGUAAUUACCUCUACCUGGAGGGAAGUGAAGACUGGUGUUUUCUGAUGUGAAACAGGCUAAUGCAGGAGGAAGGGAAGAAACUGCCUUUUGUGGAGUAAAAGGCCCAUGAAGGAGCAAUAAUGAGGUACAGGUUUCUCUCCUGACUGCAGUAAAAAGGUGUGGCUAACGCUUAAUACAGCUCCUGGAGUUUCCCAACCCUCUCAGCUACAAAGAAUGCACGUAGUGACCCAGGAGCUCACACUGAACUGAAGCAGAGUGAAGAACUUCUGGUUUUUCAACACACCCUGAGACACCCCCCCCCACCCCCAUUCCUCCCAAAAUCAGCCAACCACUCAAGCCCAAGGAUGCAGCUUGCAUAUUUUCAGUUUUGCGAGUGUGGGGACUUCAUCUUCCUUUGCGUGCCUCUGGUACAAUUUUCUAAAACUAAGCAUUGGUGGUUCUUAUGCUUUGUCACUGCCUGUCUCUGUCUCACCCAAAUCACAGUUCCAUACAUAGGGAGAAAAUUCCUGAAUAAAUAUUAAAUUAAAUUUUUACUAAAUGUA